CUAGCGAGGCUAGUUCGUAUCUUUUCCAGGCUUCUGAUUUCUUGGUAUGCAUGGGUGCAAUCAUCACCAAACUACUAUCAAGUCGACGCAUCAUUUCGCUCUCUUUCGCUCACACUUUACGGCCAACCCCUUGACAUGGACGUCUCUCUUUUCGUUGGCAGGAUAUCUCUAGCUUAAAACCAACACAUCUCUCAUCCAGUAUGAGUUGCCGUCAGUUCGAAUGGCUUUCCUAUACCGUCCCGCCCGCAGACGCCCGUUGCGACAACACGGCCGCACCUUUUACACCGCCGUUCUAAUACUCACGCUUCUCGCAUGCUAUAGCUAUUUGAAGGGGCUGCAACAUGAUGGAGUACAUCAGAGACAGAAGAUUGCGGCUCGAUCACUCGAGGCACGCGACUUGGAGUGUCGGCUUGUCAACGAGUCCAAAGACAAAUGUGCCUUUGUAAAGGAUAACUGCCCCGACGAAGAAGCUGGCUUGAUCUCAUACCUGCAAUUCUAUUAUUGCUCCCUAGCCCAUGCACAGCCCUUUGCCUUCGCCGUCCUAGUGCUAUGGCUCAGUUUGCUAUUCAGUACGAUCGGCAUAGCGGCCUCCGACUUCCUCUGCAUCAAUCUGAGUACAAUAGCGAGCAUACUGGGCAUGAGUGAAAGUCUGACUGGUGUGACAUUCCUUGCCUUUGGAAAUGGCAGUCCCGAUGUCUUUUCGACAUUUGCAGCUAUGAGCAGCAACAGUGGCAGUCUGGCGGUAGGCGAGUUGAUGGGUGCCGCAGGCUUCAUCACCGCCGUGGUCGCAGGAAGCAUGGCACUGGUUGCCCCUUUUCAGGUGGCACGGAAGAGCUUCAUUCGAGAUGUUGGGUUCUUCGCUGUUGCUGCAAGCUUCAGUUUGGUAUUUCUCGCCGACGGAAGUCUACGUUUUUGGGAGUGUGCUGCCAUGGUUGGCUUUUACGUCUUCUAUGUGAUCUUCGUGGUGACAUGGCAUUGGUGGCUCACAAGACGUCGAAGGGUGAAGCUGGCCGAGACCACUGCAAGGUUACACCAUCACAUUCCGGAUACCCAAGAAUUGGAGGUGCCCGAGAUUGAGGACGACGAAGAGGCCCGUCCCGCGAGCGAACAAACGAACCUUCUAAGGACUCAGUCUGGCGGCAGUAUUCCGACCAUUCGCACUCCUGCUACUCCGGCAUGGAAAAUCGAAGACGAAGAGGAUGAUGAGACUCGAGAUCGAUAUCUGGCAGAACUACAGAGUCAAAUGAGAAUUGGCCGACCCGUACGGGGCGAAAGGCGAAACACCAUAACUCCGAUCCGGCCCAGCUUGAUCGGUGCUUUGGAGUUCAGGUCUCUCAUGACCUCCCUGGAACGAAAGGGUACAGGUGGCAGCACACAGCCAAUCGGUCUACGACGGUAUUCAGAAGAGACCCUAUCGGGACCAGGACCAGCUCCACUCAGUGCUCCUCCGGAGCCUUCGCAUGCCCGACUCCAUAACGUCAGCUACCUUGAUAUCGACAGGAAUGCUAUGGCCCAUGGUGCACGUGAACGAGCUGUGUCCGCCAACGAUGCUUCCAAACUCAAAAUUGAUACGAAUUUUCUGUCGGAUCGAGUCUCUGAGAGUGCCAUUAGCAUCAAUUCCGCCUCACAGGCAUCUUCCGGUCAGUCAUCGAGGCCGAGUGCGGCCAUCCUCCAAACCCUGAACGAGCCAUCCACUCAGAGACCGCCUUCACCAAAACUCGUCAUAUCUCCAUCUACGUCGUCGAGACGAGUGAGUACAAGCACUCGACCCACCGAACUUCCCAAGUCACCAAACUUCCUCGCUCCUCCAAGCACGAUAUUCCGCCGCCCUGACUAUAGUGAAGACCAGCAGCAAGAUGAUCGAAGCCCUCUGUAUUCACCCAGAGCAGGUCCGACGUUACAGGUUCCGCUCUUGCAUACACCACAUCCCGAGCACAAGCGUUCGGUGCUCCAACCUGAAGAAUUUCCCACCUUUACAGACGAGCCAAUGCUUCUGACUCCUAUGAGCUCCAGACCACCUAGCAUUCACCUUCCGGAGCCCAGUGCAUCUCCACAAUCCGCACGGCAUCUUGGCCUACUGACGGACGACGAUGAGGAAGAUAACAUGCGACGAUUUGCCUGGUGGCCAUACAAACACCUUCCUGCACCGCAGGAGAUGGUCGCCAAGUUGUUUCCCACGGUUUACGGCUGGCGAGAUAAAUCCUUUGUCGAUCGGGCGCUUGGCCUUAUUACUGCGCCGAGCAUUUUCCUGCUCACAAUCACUCUCCCUGUCGUCGAACCUAGAGUGGAUGGUGCCACUAUGCCAGAUCCAGAGCUAGUAACUCCUGGCGGUCCCAAAAGUCGCUCGCAAAGUCUCAUAGAGCUUCCACCAGAUACUCCACCAUUGGCACCCAAGUCGAGCUCUUUUGACAGAAUCAGUAUCUCAGGACCAAUCUCAGACUACCAACAAAAUGUCAUGACGAGUGAAGAUGAAAUUCCUGAGCCCAAAGGAUGGAAUCGAUGGCUGGUAUUUUUGCAGGUCUUUACUGCACCUAUGUUCAUGGUCACUAUAUUCUGGGCUAAUAUGGACGACGGUUACGGUUUCAAAGUCUAUAUCCGCAUGGUUCUUGGGUCUCUGGUAUUCUCACUGGUCUUGGUUCUCGUCCUCCUUGCUCUAACGAAUCCCGACCGCGAACCGAAAUAUCGACCUCUCUUCUGUUUCCUGGGCUUUGCUGUGGCUGUUGGCUGGAUCGCCACAAUUGCUAAUGAAGUGGUGGGAGUGCUCAAGGCUUUUGGUGUCAUACUGGGUAUAUCAGACGCCAUUCUUGGUCUUACGAUUUUUGCGGUGGGAAAUUCACUAGGCGACUUGGUGGCAGACAUUACCGUGGCCAAGCUGGGAUAUCCAGUCAUGGCGUUAUCUGCGUGUUUCGGAGGCCCCAUGCUCAACAUCUUGCUCGGAAUCGGCAUCGGAGGCAUGUACAUGACCGUCCACAAUGCCACGCAUAAACACGCCAAACAUCCUCAGAAGCCAAUCAAGUACAAACCAUACCAGCUUGAUGUGAGCACGACGUUGAUGAUUUCGGGGAUUACUUUGUUGGUGACGUUGGUGGGACUACUUGUGGUAGUACCAUUGAAUGGGUGGAGGAUGGACCGUAAGAUCGGACUGGGCUUGAUUGUGGUAUGGACUGUGUCGACUGUGGCCAACGUGGGUGUGGAAGUCCUUGGAUACGGAGGAGACACGGUCUGACCGGCGUUGAAUGACGAUUGCGAUGAAAUUGCAUAGCGAAUGGCGUUUGGCAAAUUGUGUUCAAUUACUAUGCAUAUACGAACAUCAUUUAAUAGUACACAUACAGUCCUUCUGUGAAAUCCGAUCUUGGCCGAAUUUUGGCAAAAGUCCUGGAAGCCAGAAGAUAUGGUGCUUGUGCAAAGAGUGCCUGCGCAUACCCUAAAAUAAGUUACUGUGGUAAGCACAUUUAACUCGGGGUUAUUCGAGGCUAUUCUCCGG